AUGUCAGCGGGCGGCGCGGGGCAGCGGGAGCCGGGGGCCUCGGGCGGGCGCCGCAGCAAAUGGGACCAGCCGGGGCCUUCGCCAGCUCUCUUCCUCCUUCCUGCUACCACGCCUGUGGCCGGCCGCCUCGUCCAGGGCGGCGGAGACGGAAUGUCCGGCUCGGAAGGCUCGGCGGCUCCUUUGGGAGCGCUGGACGCUGCGGCGGCCGUGGCCGCGAAAAUCAACGCCAUGUUGAUGGCAAAAGGGAAGCUGAAGCCCUCGGCCACUUCCGCAGACAAGCUCCAGGCUUCAGGCAAAGGUCCGGCAGGCAACAAAAGCAAAGAUGAUCUCGUGGUGGCCGAAGUGGAGAUCAACGACGUGCCGCUGACCUGCCGGAAUCUCCUAACAAGAGGACAGACGCAGGACGAGAUAAGCAAGCUGAGUGGGGCAGCAGUCUCCACUCGCGGGCGCUACAUGACUGCGGAAGAGAAAAUCAAAAUUGGCCCUGGUGAUCGUCCCCUAUACUUGCAUGUCCAAGGACAGACGAGAGAACUGGUGGACAGAGCUGUCAACCGGAUCAAAGAAAUCAUCACCAACGGAGUGGUCAAAGCGGCCACCGGCUCCAGCCCCACCUUCAACGGGGCCACGGUGACCGUCUACCACCAGCCUGCCCCCAUUACCCCCUUGCCCCCCACUGUCGGGCAGAAGGCGCCCUUCCAGUCUGGCGGAAUGCAUUACGUCCAGGACAAGCUGUUUGUGGGCUUGGAACACGCCAUCCCCACCUUCAGCGUCAAGGAGAAGGUGGAAGGGCCGGGCUGCUCCUAUUUGCAGCACAUCCAGAUAGAAACGGGGGCCAAGGUGUUCCUUCGGGGGAAGGGCUCCGGCUGCAUCGAACCCGCCUCCGGGCGCGAAGCAUUCGAACCCAUGUACAUUUACAUUAGCCAUCCCAAGCCAGAAGGCCUGGCGGCAGCCAAAAAGCUUUGCGAGAACUUACUACAAACUGUCCACGCCGAAUACUCGCGGUUUGUAAACCAGAUGGCCACCACGAUGCCCUUAACAGGAUUCACGCAACCGGCAACUCUCGCCACCGUUCCCCCCCAGCCGCCGUAUUACCCGCCCAACGGCUUCCAGGCCAGCUACCCCAUGGCUCCACCCCCUCAGCAACCCGGCCAGCCUCCUUACGUGAUGCCGGGCAUCGGACCUCCAGCGGUCCCCAUGGCACCCGGCGUACUGGCCCUCCCCACCGGCGUCCCACCGGUGCCCACCCAGUACCCAAUUACGCAAGUCCAGUCCGCUGCGACCACAAGCCAGACCCCGCUUGGCGCUCCUUUCUUGCCUGCUGCUCCUGGAAAGACCCCCCUGCCGAGUGGGACGCAGCCCCCCGGACAGCCCCUGCCGGGUCAAAAAAGGCGAUUUACGGAGGAACUUCCGGAUGAACACGAAUCCGGAUUGCUGGGCUACCAGCAUGGACCCAUUCAUAUGACUAAUUUAGGUACAGGCUUCUGCAUUCCGACCGACCUGGAUGGGACAGGCCCGAAGCCAGCAUGUUCCUCAGGAAAGGAGAGAGAGAGGGACAGGCGGGACUAGAAUUCCCCAUCNCCAGUGAUGGGGAUGAAGCCGGAGCCGGACGACCGAAACGGGUCCUUGGGGGGCAGCAACGAUCACCCUGCCAAGAAGAUGAAAAGCGGAGAAAAGGAACUGGGGCUGGUGGCCUACACCGGCGACUCGUCGGACGAAGAGGAAGACCACGGGAGUCUUAAAAAUGCAAGUAGCUACUCGCAGACGUGGAGACUAGGGUACCAGUAUCCGUCUUCGCAGCAGCGGGCGAAGCAGCAAAUGCCGUUUUGGAUGGCCCCUUAA